UUUAGUCGCUCUACACAUUGCAACGCCGGUUAAAAGUUACUGGAUUUUCUUACCAACUUUAGCAACCAAAAAGACGCUUAUCACACAGCCCCAAUAUGACCGCCCUCAAAGUUUUCGUGAUCUUCAGUGCGCUCUUCGCAUUGGCCUAUUGCGCGCCAAAUCCUGGUUUCUUCGGUGGUGGCAAACACGAGCAUCACACCAUUCACGUGCCCUACAAAGUUCACACCAUCCACCAUCAUCACAUCAAGAAGGUGCCCGUAAUCAAGGAGGUUGAAGUUAUCAAACACGUGCCCAUCUACAAGGAGGUGCAUGUGCCCGUCAUUAAGGAGGUGCAUGUGCCGGUGCAUGUUCAUCACGAGGAGGAACAUCAUCAUGUCGAAGAAGAUCAUCAUGAUUACCACAAGGGUGGCUGGUAUUAGAGCGGGAGUUAGGCGUGCUCCGUGCCACGUAAAGGCGUUGCCGUUGGCAAUGCUCUAAAUACCGUUUUAGUUAUAUACUGUGUAAAUACAAUCCCACAUAUACAUAUAUAUAUAUAUAUAGAGAACAUAUAUGAAAUUUAGC